AUGAUGGUCCAAGUCCCCAAAGAUGCCGGCAAGAGGCUCAUGGCCCAUGUCAUAGACGACCUGGCACUUCGCGAGCCUGAAAGGACUGUCUGCAUUAUGGGAAAGGGCCUGCGGGUAGCAGAUGGGUUUUUCGAUUUUUCUGCUAGUGAUCUGGCCCAUACCGUGAACUAUACCUCGUGGUGGAUCGACAAGACCUUUGGCCGCAGCUCCGACUAUGAGACCUUGACGUAUAUAGGCGCCAAUGAUAUUCGCUACCUUGUAUUUGUUGUUGCCUGUAACAAAACGGGAUACAAGCCGUUGUUAUCUUCAACACGAAAUUCUAACGACGCUCAUCUUCACCUUCUCAAUGCCACCGACUGCUCAAAAUUGGUAUACACCGCAGAACGAAAGCAGAAAGCUUUAGAGAUCAAGAGCCUGUGCCCAAGUUUAGAAAUCCUGCAGCUCCCGUCGCUGCUUGAGAUGCUAGAAAACUCAACCCUCCCGUACCCCUUGGGCAAGACGUACCAAGAGAUGGAGGAUGAGCCAGCCUUGAUUAUACAUAGCUCGGGGACAACAGGAUUGCCAAAGCCUGUUUUCCUCACUCAAGGAUAUAUCGGUACCAUUGACAAAAUAGCGUACCAGCCCGCUCCCCCGGGAAGACAUUUCGGGUUGCCGUAUCACCUUGGGCCUGAAGAUCUCCUCUUGACAACUGCUCCCUUCUUCCAUCUCAUGGGCUUCUUCUUGAUACUGGAGUCAAUUUUCCAUGGCGUUAAGUUUGCAAUUGCGCCAGAAAAGCCCCCGACUGCUGAAUUACUGACCGAUCUCAUUAACACCGUGAAGCCGACAGCGGUAGUCCUUCCACCUUCUAUCCUUGAAGAUAUGAGCCAUUCUGAGACCGCCUUGGAAGCACUGGGCCGAUUGAAGUUCGUUUUCUUUGCAGGAGCCCCGCUUUCGCCUGAUGCUGGUAAUCGAAUCAACCAGAAGGGUCGCGUCGUUUCGUUCAUCGGUAGCACCGAGAUGGGUGUCCUCCCCACAUUAAUUCCUCAGCGAAAAGAGGAUUGGGAGUACAUGGAGUGGAAUCCCAGUUAUGGAAUAGAUAUGCAACCAGUUGGCGAAGGAUACCAUGAAUUAGUUGUCAAAAGGGCCAAAGAUCGAGAUAUCCACGGCAUCUUCCAUACCUAUCCCGACCUAACCGAGUAUCAUACCAAAGAUCUCUUCACGCCUCAUCCCACUCGGCCAAAUCUUUGGAAAUACCGCGGCCGUCUUGAUGACGUGAUUGUCCUAAGUAAUGGAGAAAAGUUCAAUCCUGUCACGAUGGAAAAGGUAAUCGAAGGUCAUCCAUUGGUUUCUCGAGCACUGGUUGUCGGCCAAGCUAGGUUCCAGUCCGCUCUCCUCAUCGAACCUAACUGGAACCUGUGGAGUGAGGAUAUGCCGGUGAGAGACUUUAUCGAGCAGAUCUGGCCUACCGUGAGGCUGGCGAAUGACGUUGGCCCUGCUCAUGGACGAAUCAUGAAAGACAAGAUCGGGAUAUCUUCGAAAAAUAAACCAUUCAAGACCACCCCUAAGGGGAGUACGCAGCGACGACUUGUCAACAUGGAUUAUAAAGAUGAGAUCGAUACGAUCUAUGCUAAUUCCGAGCAAGAGAACGACUAUGGUAUCCUUGAUGCAGGCGACCUAACUCGUGUGGAGGAGUUCGUUCAAAAAGUCGUUACUCGUAUCGCAAACAUGUCGGACCUUUCACGUCGGACGGACUUAUAUGCUGCAGGACUUGAUUCACUGCAGACAAUGCAAAUCGGGAAGGCACUUCAGAGCGCUGUCCGUUUCAGUUACCCCAGCAAGGACUAUGGAGCCAUCACUUCUCAGAAGGUCUAUGCGAACCCCACGGUGGAGCAGUUAUCACGCGUUGUCUACGGCAUUGUCCACGGGGAGCAGGAAAACGCCGUCUCUCGCCGGGACAAGAUAGAUGGCCUAGUGCAAAAGUACACCAUCGAUCUCCCAGAGAGAAAGGUAAUUCUCCCCAAUAGCCCCCAGAAGCACACUGUUAUCUUAACCGGAUCAACGGGGUCCCUUGGAAGCUACCUCCUCAGUGACCUCCUGAGCGACCCCAGUGUCGAAAAAAUCUACUGUCUGAACCGCUCCGAUGCGAAGGAACGGCAAGCAAAGAUUUUCCAGGAGAAGGGUCUCAAGCACGACUCCACGGACCUCGAACGGGUGGAGUUCCUCAAAGUUGCUUUUGGUGCGGAAAGAUUCGGUAUUGACGGCACUAAGUACGAAGAAAUGCUUCGUUCUGUGGAUACAAUCAUCCACAAUGCCUGGAGGGUAGACUUCAAUAUCACGGUAGACUCGUUCGAGGACCCUCAUAUUAAAGGUCUGAGGCGCUUCGUCGAUUUCAGCCUUCACAGCUCUCACCACGCCCAUAUACAUUUCGUUUCGUCUGUAUCGACCAUCGGAGGCUGGAAGGCUACAUUCGGCCCCGCUGUUCCCGAGAUACCGCUUGAGGACUGUGAGGUAGCUCUAGAACAGGGAUACGGAGAAUCAAAACAUGUUUCUGAGCGUAUCUGUCUUGCUGCUGCCAGGAAGGCUGGAGUGCCAACCACCAUCCACCGCGUAGGACAGAUCGCGGGGCCCUCCAUGGCUCACGGACAAUGGAAUAAACAAGAAUGGGUACCGACAAUCGUGGCGACGUCCAAGUCUAUGGGAAAGGUUCCCAACAAUUUGGGAUCAUGGGGCGUAGACUGGAUUCCAGUGGACACUCUCUCCGCGAUUCUCCUCGAGCUCGUGGAUACCCGUCGCAAGACGCAAUCGGACACUCGCUGUGCUGCAUUCCAUCUUAUCAAUCCCUCCGUCACAACAUGGGGUUCGCUCCUUCCAGCGAUCCAAAAACGGUACAAGGAUAUCCAACCCGUCGAGUUCUCCGACUGGAUAAGAGAACUCGAGAGUAUCCAGGAUCCGUCCGCGGAAGAAAUUGCCGCUAAACCUGGUAUCAAGAUUCUCGACUUCUAUCGAGCCUUGCUGGACGGGGAGGGAGCGUUAUCUGCUCCAAUUGAAGUCGGGGAUACCAAGCAAGCAAGCCCAACGAUGGGUGCAUUGGGUCCUAUUUCAGCGGAGCUGAUGGGAAACUGGCUGAACCAGUGGAAUUUCUAA